AUGCUUCGUGCAACGGUUGUGUUCUUCGCUCUGAUCAGCGUGGCCUUGGCUGCUACUGGUUUGAUGAAGUCUGACCCAAAGCCAGAUAAAUACAAGGAUGUCGAUGGCUGCUACAUAAGGGAUUUAGAUUUAUUUAUACCACUCGGAAAAGCAGUGCCCUCAAAAACGUCAUGUAUGGAGUACAGAUGUUCGGGGAAACUAAUCAAUUUGUUCUCUUGCGGCGUGGCUCAUGCAGACCCUCCUUGCAGGGUAGUUACGAAAACCGACGUCUUGCAAUAUCCCUACCCGCAGUGCUGUCCAACAAUCGUGUGUUAG